UCUCGCGCACGCACGUCGAUUUGUUUUUAUUCGAGAAAAAUACCGACAGCUGAUAAGAAUUGCAUUAUAAUUGAAUAUUCUCCAAUUACUAUAAUCUUUUAUAGUGUUCUAAGUUAUUGUGCACCAAGAUGUUGAUGUCUAAGCUGGAAGUCCUAGUAGACUUCGGUCCGAAGCCAGACGAUGUUGUUCUGAACAAGACCCUGACAGAAUUGAAAUCCCAUGAGGGAGUAAAGGACGCUGUGUUUAAGGACGGAGCCAUAUUAGUUGAGACCCUGUUACCUAGCACACAAGUACUGGAGAUGGUGUCUAAAACCUCUGGGAAAAGAGCCGUGUUGCAGGGGUUUGGAGAAACGCAAUCAGCAGUAGCGAUGAUCUCAAGUCAGUCUUGCUGCAAAAGGCAGGUGUUAGGAGUGAUCAGGUUCCAGCAGACGGAGGAAGGCGCGCUGGUAGCUGACGGCAGCAUCGACGGGCUGCCGGCGGGUAUGCACGGCGUUCAUGUGCAUACUGCUGGGGAUUUGAGCCAGGGUUGCAAAUCUAUAGGGGAGCACUUCAAUCCUUGCGGGGCUCCGCACGGGGGACCAGAAGACCCGAAAGACAGGCGCCACGCCGGUGACCUUGGCAAUAUAAUCGCUGAUGAAAACGGACGCGCUACCUUUAGAAUAGUCGAUAAUGUCCUGAAGGUUUGGGAUAUAAUCGGCCGAUCGGUGGCUGUGACUGAAAGAAAGGACGACCUCGGACGAGGCUGUUCACCCUCUUCGAAGAUAGAUGGCGACAGUGGGACACCAAUAGCGUGUGGUAUAAUCGCUCGUUCAGCAGGCGUGUUCCAAAAUCCAAAGCGUAUAUGCGCGUGCGACGGUGUUGUAGUUUGGGAUGAAAGGGACCGUCCUUUAGCUGGCAAGGGCAGAAGGGAAGAGAAGCAAGAGAAGCAGGAGAGAAGGUGUUGUCAGAAUCAUAGUAAUAGUGCUAAUGUCAAUCCUUGUUGUAAGGUUUAGUUAUUAUUUAUUUAGUCUUUAAACUGUCAAACACCGCGAGGUCACCGGUGACCGCAACCUAUUGUUCUAUAA